GCACUGGUCGAACCUCGGCCACAGAAGAACGAGCAGGUUCCGGCGACUCGUCCACGGUCGUCUCUUCUCACUUGUCCGCCCAUGAUGUUGAGUGCCGUGUCGAAGGCAGCCGCUGGGGCCCUGCGGGUCGCCAAACCCGGUCUCCUGCAAAACGAACUCCCGAAAAUCGCGAGCCUCGCCUCAAUUAACCAUCGUGAAUAUGCUAAGGCAGCAGCUGCUCCGAAGGCUGGCACGGCUCAGGGAAAAGUCGUGGCUGUCAUUGGUGCCGUCGUCGACGUACAAUUCGACAAUGAAUUGCCACCCAUCCUUAAUGCCUUGGAGGUCCAGAACAGAAGCCCCAGAUUAGUUCUGGAGGUUGCACAGCAUCUUGGAGAGAAUACCGUGCGCACCAUUGCCAUGGAUGGUACCGAGGGUCUAGUGAGAGGGCAGUCCGUCCUCGACUCUGGCUACCCGAUCCGUAUUCCAGUCGGAGCUGAGACUUUGGGAAGAAUCAUCAAUGUCAUCGGUGAACCCAUUGACGAACGUGGUCCCAUCCCUACCGACAAGUUGGCUCCUAUCCACGCAGAUGCUCCUGAGUUCGUUGAAAUGUCUGUCGAGCAGGAGAUUCUGGUGACUGGCAUUAAGGUCGUCGAUCUUCUGGCUCCUUAUGCCAAGGGUGGAAAAAUUGGUCUGUUUGGUGGUGCUGGUGUCGGCAAAACUGUACUGAUUAUGGAGCUGAUCAACAACGUAGCCAAAGCUCAUGGUGGUUACUCCGUGUUUGCCGGUGUUGGAGAGAGAACUCGAGAGGGUAACGAUCUUUACCAUGAGAUGAUCGAGUCCGGAGUCAUCUCCUUGAAAGACAAGACUUCCAAGGUAGCGUUGGUAUAUGGACAAAUGAACGAGCCUCCUGGUGCCCGUGCCCGAGUCGCUUUGACCGGUCUCACCGUCGCUGAGUACUUCCGUGACCAGGAAGGACAGGAUGUGUUGCUUUUCAUCGACAACAUUUUCAGGUUCACUCAGGCUGGUUCUGAGGUAUCGGCUCUGCUGGGUCGUAUUCCAUCUGCUGUCGGUUACCAACCGACUUUGGCCACUGACAUGGGUACCAUGCAGGAAAGAAUUACAACCACCAAGAAGGGUUCCAUCACUUCGGUACAGGCCAUCUACGUGCCUGCCGAUGACUUGACAGAUCCUGCUCCUGCUACCACUUUCGCUCACUUGGAUGCCACCACUGUGUUGUCGAGAGCGAUUGCUGAGCUGGGUAUUUACCCAGCUGUCGAUCCUCUCGACUCGACGUCGCGUAUUAUGGACCCUAACAUCAUCGGGACAGAGCAUUACAACAUUGCUCGAGGUGUACAGAAAAUCCUGCAGGACUACAAAUCGCUCCAGGAUAUUAUUGCCAUCCUGGGUAUGGACGAGUUGUCCGAGGAGGACAAGCUCACUGUAGCACGAGCACGUAAAAUCCAGAGGUUCUUGUCUCAGCCAUUCCAGGUCGCUGAGGUCUUCACCGGUCAUGCAGGCAAACUCGUACCACUGGCGGAGACCAUCAAGGGAUUCCAGAAAAUCCUUGCAGGAGAGUACGACCAUUUGCCCGAGGUGGCGUUCUACAUGGUUGGACCCAUCGAAGAGGUUGUGGCGAAGGCCGAGACGCUAGCGAAGCAAUAAGUCCAAAGUGUCACAGUCAUCGAUAACGAAGAUUAAUUCACAUCCAAGAUGGGCCCACCGGAGCACUGUGUUCUCACAAUGCGAUCAGUUCGAUCUCCGGUCGAGGAUGAUUAUUAUACAAUGCCAAACGUCUUCCCUCGGAGUGUCGAAAGGGUCCUCUUGUCUCUUUUUGUUAAAAGAAAAAGCAAAGGCAUCGUUGUUACCUUGCCAAAGCAAGGAUCACUCGCAUGUAUGUAUCAUACGCAUUAGCAAACUGAUACACAUUUAAUCCACCAUAGAAAUCCGAUGUCUCGAAUGGGUCUUUGAAAUCAUUCUUCAUUGACAAGGUCGCGAUGGCUAAUGCUGCCACGACAAAAUAUGCACGGCGCAGCCCUUAUUGUAUGUUAGUACAAAAAAAUCGAAUAAAAGCGUAAAAAAAUGA